CGCACAAAUCUCAGUCUCUUGCCUUCUUAAUGGACUUAAAAUGGAAAAAAUACCCAUGGGUGUAAGUACAGAUGGUUACUGGUUUGCUGGCUUCUCAUUGGAAUAUCCCCUGGUUUGGAUUUGUUGGCCAGAGUGCAAAGCUGGACAAUGCAGAUCUAUAUGACACCUAUGUCAAACUUGUCUCCCCUCUGCAAAGGAUAGGGGAAGUUCUGCAUAAAAGUCUGCAAUAUUUUGGCUGGAAAUAUGUUGGAUUAUUUGGAGGUUCGUCUGAUGCUUCCACCGGGGAGAAAAUUGAUGAACUCUGGAUGUCUGUCGAAAACCAACUCCAAGUCAAUAUCACUAUCACUGCUAAAGUCAGAUACAGCACAGAAGAUCCAAGUCUCCACCAGGAAAACCUCAAAUACAUAUCGUCUGUUGCCAGAAUUAUUGUUUUAAUCUGCAGCUCUUCGGAUGUUAGGUCUAUCAUGCUGGAAGCCAAACAUCUAGGGCUGGUGAAUGGGAAAUUUGUGUUCUUCGUUUUGCAGCAGGACAAUUUUUUGAAAGAGGCACUGAGCAGCGAGAAGAACAGCAGUGUACUUGAAGCCUACCAGCCAGUGUUUUUGAUUUCCCUCAACCCUUACGGAGGAUACACUAUGUAUUCAGAUUUUCUGAAGCAGGUCCAUGAAAAACUGAAGGGACAGCCAUUUUACAGCUCACUUGCUUCAGAAGAAGAGGUGAGUUCUUACUCUGCCUACCUGCACGAUGCAGUCCUGCUCUAUGCCCUGUCCAUAAGGGAAAUGUUAAAAGAAGGCAAAGAUAUCAGCGAUGGACGGGCACUUGUCAACACUUUGAAAGGCUACAACAAAACUCGUUUGUAUGGGGUUACUGGCCUGGUGUACAUUGAUGAAUCAGGUGAGAGGUGGAUGGAUUACUCUGUAUAUUGUCUGCAGAAAGCUGGGAAUUCAUCACAGUUCGUUCCUAUUCUUAAUUAUGAUGUUGAGAGAAAAACAAUCAGCCCAACCACAGAAAUUGCCUACAUCAGCUGGCUGGCUGAUUUUCCUCCCAAAGACAGACCGUACUGUGGGUUUUAUAAUGAACAGUGUGAAACUUCAGUUAUAAGUACGCCAGUGACCGUUCUGAUUGUCGUCCUGUUGGUAACCGCCUCAGGAGCUGCCAGCAUAAUGGUGUUUUUAAAGAUCCAGGAAAGGAAGCUGCAAAAGCAAAUGGAUGACAUCUGGUGGAAAAUAAACUACAAUGAUAUUAUUAUGCUUAAAGAUCAUAAGGAUCAUUUUGAGCUAUCACAAACAAGCACACCAGUGUCUAAAGGACAAGAAAGCGUUGGGUCCAGUUUGAUAUUUUCAAGCAAUUGGCGGUCUGGGUUGAAGGACAAGCAGGGGAAAGAUGUAUUUUAUACCGCAAUAGGUCUUUACCAGGGAACUCUUGUUGCAAUCAGGUACAUUGACAACCAAACAGAUGCCUGGAUUCGGAAACAGUCAGUCCUUCAUGAAGUUCAGAUGAUGCGCGAGUUGAGGCAUGAGAAUCUGGUGGCCUUCUUUGGUAUAUGCACUGAAAUUCCCAAUAUCUGUAUUAUUACAGAGUACUGCAAGAAAGGAAGCCUAAAGGACAUUUUGAGGAACUCUGAUAUUGAAUUGGACUGGAUAUUCAAACUCUCUCUCGCCUAUGAUAUAGUCAAUGGGAUGUUGUUUCUUCACAGAAGCCCAUUGAACUCCCAUGGAAAUCUGAAACCUACUAACUGUUUGGUGGAUAGUCGCAUGCAAGUGAAACUGUGUGGAUUUGGGCUAUGGGAGUUUAAGUAUGGAAAGAAAUACCGAGUAAUUACUGAGAAAAAUACCAACUAUGCAGAUCUCUAUUGGACAGCCCCAGAACUGCUCAGGAUGGGGGAAUUUCCAUUCCAUGGGACCCAAAAGGGGGAUGUCUACAGCUUUGCUAUAAUUAUGAGGGAGCUGAUUUAUAACAAUGAGGAUGGCCCGUUCCAAGACCUGAACAAGGAAGCAGAAGAGAUAAUAAACCGACUCAGGGACCCAACUGUACUUGUCCCACUGCGGCCAUCCCUGUCAACAGAGAAAUGCAGUGAAAGGAUCAUUGCAAUGCUUAGAACGUGUUGGGAUGAAGAUCCAGGGAGAAGGCCAACGUUCUCCUCUGUGAAGAGAGGGUUAAGAGAUGCAAGCCCCGAAGGCCACAUCAGCAUCUUGGAUAACAUGGUAAACAAACUGGAAAAGUAUGCCAAUCAUUUGGAGGACGUGGUGGAAGAAAGGACAGCCCAGUUGGUGGCAGAGAAGAAAAAGACAGAUAAACUUUUGUCAGCAAUGUUGCCCAGCUUCAUCCGAGAGCAGCUCAUCGCUGGGAAAUCCGUGGAGCCUGAGAGUUUUGAUUCUGUGACCAUCUUCUUCUCAGAUAUUGUUGGGUUCACCAAUUUGUGUUCUCUCAGCAAUCCCCUGCAAGUGGUUAAUCUCCUGAAUGACCUGUACAGCCUGUUUGAUAACAUCAUUAAAACAUAUGACGUAUACAAGGUUGAAACCAUCGGAGAUGCCUACAUGGUUGCCAGUGGCCUUCCCAUCCGCAAUGGAAUGAAGCACGUUGAGGAAAUUGCUACAAUGUCUUUGCACUUCCUCAGUGCAAUGAUCCCUUUCAAGAUAGAGCACAUGCCCGAAGAGAAGCUGAAGCUGCGGAUUGGCAUUAACACAGGACCUGUUGUUGCAGGAGUGGUGGGAAUCACAAUGCCACGGUACUGCCUGUUUGGAGACACUGUUAAUACAGCCUCAAGGAUGGAAAGUACCAGUUUGCCUCUCCGAAUCCAUGUCUCCACAACCACUGCUAAUGCCUUGCAAUCCAUCGGCGGGUAUGACUUGCAAGAAAGAGGGACCAUAACAGUAAAGGGAAAAGGAGAACAAAGAACGUUUUGGUUAAAAGGAAAAGCUGACCUUCACUUGGCUCUCCCAGAGUUCAGUGACAAAUGGUGAGGCCGUUUGAAGGAAACUUUGCAGUAGGAGGAACUCGUUGCUGGGGAUGUUGAACACAAUAUAAACGGAGGCCAUUUGACUGGAACAUGGAAGGAAUGGAAGACUAAUAUCGUAGUUCAAACAUUGCACUGCUGAAGGCAGAGACCUUCAGAACUAGAGCUCAAGACAAAUGUCUUCCUGCCCCACCCACCACAGCAGACCCCAGUCUUUUCUCGUCUUGGAAGGUGAUCUCUCGUAAAAGCGAAAUAGAUUGUUGUGAACAACAUGGGCUAAAAUCUCUCACCACCAGCCACAUUCCAGAAUGAACCCUCAGAUACUAGUAACAUAAACACCAAUUAAAUGGGGAAAUUAACAACCAUGUGCAGUAGGGAGAUGAGCAAAAUGAAAGUUAAGUGCACUUUCACUUCUCUGCAUUACAGGCCCCAUUAAAUAAUGUUACAGGUCUUUCCCUUGUAGGUCAGAACACUCCUUGAUUCCCUGGGAAUAGCAGCUGGGUUGCCGUUGCAGCCUGUACACACUGUUCCAGACUGGUUGAGUUGCCCCCUUUGGGAUAGGGACUACCUUGGCUGAAACCUCCUAAGGAUCUGUAUGCCAAAUCACUUCUGAAUUUUGGGGAACGACAGAUCCAAAUUGGGAUCAGGAUCCAAACUUUGUAGCUUGUGUUAUGACGACAUGCAGCUGGUUGCGUGGGCUAAAUCGGUGUAAUAUCAGCUGGGCGGAAUGGCACUUAGACGCUUGGUUCCACAACUGGCUGGGACUGUGGGAAUUCUGUGACGCACUCAGCUCCUGGGAACACAUGGGUGUGAGACUCACCUUGGUACAAAAUCAUAGCUGCUGUAUAGUCAGUAGCGGCAUUAAUGAACCUAUCAAGGGAGCUCAGUUCAGACAUCCUACACAAGAGUUGUGAUACCAGACCUCUGAUACAGGGAUAGAUAACCAACGUAGACCAAAGAACCUCCCUUUGGUGAAGGUGCAGGGUAGACCCAGAGCCAAUACUGUCUAACCUUCACAUUUCAUGACAUGAGCACGUUAAUCCCUUCUGGCAUGGACAGGCAGAAAGCUUUAGGCAGGAAAGCAGCUGGGGGGAGUUGCUGAAACCUAGUGUUAGGGACGCUGAGCAAAUAAAGAAGGAAAAAAGCCAUGUGAAACUUUUUUUUGAGUCAAGAUGCUCUGUGAAUCUCUAAAACAUUCAACAGGAUCUGCUGUGGCCUAGGAAAUAUCUCAAAGCAGGAACAUCUCAUUGAAAUGUCUUCCCAUGGGCAGUUUUAAUGAUAUGAACAGGCCUAAGUGAGGAAAUCCAUCCACCUAAUGUAAACCCAACCUAGCUAGAACAAUUUGUCUGGAGAGUGUGCACUAUAGGCUCAAAAGGGUAAAUACAGUCUGAUCUGAUACGAUUAUGUCAGAGGUCAUCAUGGUGGGUUCUGUUUGUCACUUAUUUCAGCUAAUAGGAAUCCUUGCUUUAAGCUACUUAUAAAUUAAACUACCUAUAUUAGAUGCCUUACACCUAUUUAGGCAAAUGGUGCCCAGAGUGAGAGAGAACCUGUGCAGAAUUUGAGAAUAGUGGACAUACAGUAUCAUCUCUGAAUACUCUAGCAAGGAAUAAGGAGGACAAUAAGUAUGAAACGUAUUUUAUUAGAAUUACUUCAGGGCUUCCCCACCGCAUUAGCGUUAGCGGUGUUGACUUUCAUGUGCUGCCAUAGUUUAUGUAAUAGGUUAACACUGAACUUGUAUGUUAUUUUUUUUACGGUAGUUAAGUAUUAUAUGUGUAAUGUCAAAUGAAUUAUUAACUAUUGUUAUUAUUAAUUAUAUAAUUCUGGUAGCAGUUAGAGGCCUCAAUCAGGGCAUGGGCCUCAUUGUGGUAGUGCUGUGUAUGAUUACAAAGUUUUUUGUUUUAAAUGGAGAUAUAUGUAACUCAUAGAGCUGGGAGGGACCCUGAAAGGUCAUCGAGUCCAGCCCCCUGCCUUCACUAGCAAGACCAAGUACUGAUUUUGCCCCAGAUCCCUAAGUGGCCCCUUCAAGGAUUGAACUCACAACCCUGGGUUUAGCAGGCCAAUGCUCAAACCUCUGAGCUAUCCCUCCCCAAAGAGCCUAGAGUCAGACAAGGUGUAUCAAACAGGUGCAGCUGGGAGGGAGUGGGAAGGAAGAAUGGAGGAACCAUAACAGGAUAUUAUAGCAUCAGUAGCAAUGAUCCCAGUAAAUGAAUCAGAGAAAAGGCAAGCACAUUAAAAUGGUAGCUUGAAAAGGAUGCAGCUCUUACAGGAAUUUAGCAGGGUUCAAAGUGGGACAGCAUUGUUACAUAGCUAACAAAGAACAGACAGAAUUAGGAUAGUGAAUGCAAACAAAGUGCAUUGGAAAGGAGAUAGAACCUGAUGCCUCAGGCUUUAAACCAAACUUGAUUAGGGAUUAGGAUAAAACUGGCGUGAGGCAGAUUAUCCCAUCUCUCUACCACAGGGCUUUUUGCACUUUUGUGUGAAGCAUCUGGUGCUAGCCACUGCUGGAGAGAGGAUACUGGACUAGGUGGAUCUCAGGUCUGAUCCAGUCCGGUAUUUAUGUUCUUGUUUUAGUUAUGUAUUUUCGGUACUGUAUGUAUAGAUAUGUGUACUGCUGG